AUGGGUAAAGCGGGCCAACUAGAAGUAGUUGAGACGGUUGCAUUGACAAUGCCUUUCAAGCCAGAUGCAGCUGUUUGGCGGGCAUUGUUCUCAACAAGUGCAUAUCAUGGGAAGACCGACUUUGCUUGGAAGAUGAGAGACAAAUUGUUGGAGAUCAACCCUAAUCACGAUUCGGCUUAUGUCCUUUUAGCAAAUGCAUUUGAAAGUGCAGGGAGGUGGGACGAGGUGAAAGAAGAGUGGAAGACAAUGAAGGCCAAGAAAGUAAGGAAGGAAGGCGGGAGGAGUUGGAUUGAAGUUCGUGGGGAGGUUCAUGUGUUUUUGGCCGAAGAUAGGACGCACGAAAGAAGGGAUGAGAUUUAUGAAAAGUUAGCGAAGCUGAUGGAAGAGAUUGAAAGGCUAGGAUAUGUGCCUGUGUGGAAUGAAAUGCUACACGAAGUAGAUGAGAAGCAAAAAAGAAAAGUACUUUUGUAUCACAGUGAGAAGCUGGCACUUGCGUUCGGGUUGUUGAGUAGAUAA